AUGCUCGUCCACCGGCCGGGCCUCAAAAAUAUCCAAGGAUUGGUUGCCAAUGCUGGAAACUUUGAGUUUGAGAACACGGCAGUCAAGGCAUAUGCCAAGCAACAGCAGGUCAAGGCUAUCCAUAGAUGUGAUGGAAUGGAGGAUUUCAGACCUCUGACUGGUGCGGCUGCUAUGGGGCUGCAGGUGCUGCAACCAUCACACCACAGCCUUACCAUUUACCUCCUCACACCCAUUUUCGCACUAUGA